GCGGGCGCGGGGCGGGUCGGCGCCUUUGUGUGAGCCGGGCCGGGAUGGUGCGGGGCGCCGGGCGGAGCCCCUUGCCCUGCCAGUUCCUGCUCCCGCCGCGGAUGAAAGUGUGAAGGCCGAGCUGACCAGGAGAAGGGACUCUUAAGCAGCUGCUAAGAUGGGCAUGAGGAUCAAGCUGCACAGCACCAACCACCCCAACAACCUGCUGAAGGAACUCAACAAGUGCCGGCUCUCCGAGACCAUGUGCGACGUCACCAUCCUGGUGGGCUCCCGCUCCUUCGCCGCGCACAAGGCCGUGCUGGCCUGCGCUGCCGGCUACUUCCAGAACCUCUUCCUCAACACGGGGCUGGAUGCUGCCAGGACCUACGUGGUGGAUUUCAUCACGCCAGCCAACUUCGAGAAGAUCCUGAGCUUUGUGUACACCUCGGAGCUCUUCACCGACCUCAUCAACGUGGGCGUCAUCUACGAGGUGGCGGAGCGGCUGGGCAUGGAGGAUCUGCUGCAGGCCUGUCACUCCACCUUCCCCGACCUGGAGAGCUCGGCCAUCACCAAGCAGCCUGCCCUGUCUGUGGGGGAAGGCCGGGCCGGGCCGCUGAGCAGCACCUCCUCGGAGCAGAGCCACUCUUUGGGGGACAUCCGGAGCGGCGCGGAGCACUUCGGCCCCGAGCGGAAUUACCUCCUGCACGGGGACGUGGUGGGCAGCUACAAAGAGGAUGACAGGAGUGCCGUGGGUGAGGCCAGCCAGGCUCUCCCCAUGAUGCACCCCCAGCAGACUCCCAAGACAGAGCAGGAGUCGGAUCCGGGGCAGUUCGCUCCGGUCGCGGCUCUGGGGGCCCAGCCCGGUGGGAAUGUCGUGGCACAGACCACCGGCAGCUCCUGCCCUCAGUACAAGGCCCAGAGCAACGGUGACUACGGCAAGGGCGGCUUCUUCCCCACCGACCCCUCCCUGGAUGUCUCCACGGGGAGCAAUUCCUGCCCCAGCAACAGCGACCACUCCAAAGAGCCGGGAUUCGAGCAGAUGGAUGAGCUCCAGCUGGAGGAUUUGGGAGAGGCCGAGCUGCAUUUUGAGGAUGCUGGAGAAGAGCUGGUGCCGUCUGAGGAAGUGAUUGAGCUGAGCGAUGACAGCGAGGAGGAACUGGCCUUCGAGAGCGACAGCCGGGACAGCAAGGCCAUGCCCUGCCAGGUGUGCAAGAAGGUGCUGGAGCCCAACAUCCAGCUGAUCCGCCAGCACGCCAGGGACCACGUCGACCUGCUGACAGGGAACUGCAAAGUCUGCGAGACCCACUUCCAGGACCGCAACUCCAGGGUCACUCACGUGCUGUCCCACAUCGGCAUCUUCCUCUUCUCCUGCGACAUGUGCGAGACCAAGUUCUUCACCCAGUGGCAGCUGACGCUGCACCGGCGGGACGGAGUCUUCGACAACAACGUCAUCGUCCACCCCAGUGACCCCCUGCCGGGGAAGGUGGCCGUGUUUGGGGGAGGGCCCGGCCCCGAGCUGGCCUGCGCUGCCUGCGGGAAGCCCUUGGCCAAAGAUUUCCACGCCGUCCGGAGCCACCUGCUGGAGCACGUGAACCUGAAGAGCCAGACGUGCGGCGUGUGCGACCAGCGGCACCUGAGCCUCUGCAGCCUGCUGUGGCACGCCCUGUCCCACCUGGGCAUCUCCGUCUUCUCCUGCUCCGUGUGCGCCAGCAGCUUCGUGGACCGGCAGCUCCUGGAGAAGCACCUGGCCGUGCACCAGCACGUGGAGGAGGCUCUCUUCCAGUGCCACUUCUGCAGCCAGAGCUUCAAGCUGGAAGCCGCCUAUCGCUACCACGUCAGCCAGCACAAGUGCGGGGGCAGCCUGGACAUCCGGGCGGGAUUUGGGGAGCGCCUGCAGCCGCAGGGGCUGCCCAAGAGGAAGCUGCCCGAGGAGUUCCUGAGCGAAGAGCUGGCGCUGCAGAACCAGCCGGGGAACAGCAAGUACAGCUGCAAGGUGUGUGGCAAGAGGUUCGCCCACACCAGCGAGUUCAACUACCACCGGCGCAUCCACACCGGGGAGAAGCCGUACCAGUGCAAGGUGUGCCACAAGUUCUUCCGCGGGCGCUCCACCAUCAAGUGCCACCUGCGGACGCACUCGGGGGCCCUCAUGUAUCGCUGCACGGUGUGUGGCCACUACAGCUCCACGCUCAACCUGAUGAGCAAGCACAUAGGGGUGCACAAGGGCAGCCUCCCGCCGGACUUCACCAUCGAACAGACUUUCAUGUACAUCAUCCAUUCCAAAGAGGCCGAGAAAAACACGGAUAGCUGAUGGGGGCACGGCUGGCGGAGGAGUGUUAACGAUGGAAGCUUUGGAGGAGGAAAAGGAGGGGAAAAAAAAAAAAAAAAAAAAAAAGUUGUUUUGUUUUAUUUAAUGGUCAGGCAUCAUGGAUGGAAUUCUCUUUUGGUUUUGGUUUAAUUUUUUUUUAUUUUUGUUUUUUGGGCCUUCCUAGGGCUUUUUAGAUUGGUGGCGUUGUACAAAUUAACAGCACGUGAGGUACAUCACUGUUCCAAGGAGUCUGUCGUGUUUACUUACCUCUGGUCCUGUUAGAGGGCAUCAAGUUCUGUGCUUUUAGCAUUUCUCACUAGUUUUUGAGUCUAGAUUCUAUUUUUUUUUUUUUGAGCCUUUUAGCCCACUUGACCAGGCUAACCCUGAGCUUGUCCACAAACUGAUGCUGCUAAGAUUUUCACACCUGACCUCAGUGGAGAGGGACAGAGCCAGAGCAGGCGCUGGACUCGAAGGAAAGGAACAAAAGAGAAAGAAAGAAGGAAAGAAAAAGACACUCUGGGCAUCCCUGGUGUUCUGCUGCUACUGCCAGGAGACGAGCAAAGCGUGCUCUGGGAUCGGCCAUUGCUGUGUUGCUGGGGAGAGGAGCAGGAAGCACCUGAAUGUGUAAACAAGGAGGGAUCCCCGCAGGGAACCAGGAGCAGGGGAUUUCACAGAUUCCCAGGCCGUGUUUGCUCUGCCGUGGCUGGGACUCGCUCGUGCCCUGAGACCCGGAGGAGGAGCUGAAGGAGCAACACAACCUCCCUGCAGAGCUGGGCACAGACGGCUGCGUGAGCACGGGGGUCUCCUGUAGGACUGGAGAGGGAGGGGGGGAGCAGGUCCAGGCUCCCUGUGGGGUGAUUUGUGGUGGCCACAGAGAGCCAGGAGUCUCCUGGCUCUGCUCUGCCCCAGCCUCACGCUGUGCCCCGGGCAGACGAGUCAGGCUGAAGCUGUUGCCUUAACUCCCUGGAAGGAGGAGGGACCCUUCUCCUGCCAGAGGGAUCCCCCCUCCCACGCCCUGCGUCGCCACAUCCCGGACGCGCUCCGGUGGCAAACGUGUGUGCUUGGAGUGAUGUGAGUUUGUUCAUGGAGUGGGAGCCACAGCGAUGGCUUGGCCUCUCCUGCUGCAUGCUGGGCACUUCUGG